AUGUAUCGCUUUCGUGGCACAUUACUAAUAUUUAUUUUCUUGUUCUUCUUUUUAAUUAUAAUAUUCUACGAUGAUCAAAAACAAUUUGCUUCUAAUAUUUACAAUAAGUACAAACACAGCUGGAUUGAACAAGCUCUUGGUCAAAUGCAUACAUGCACCCCUAAUGAUGGCCUUCGUCAACGUGCUCUUCUUUAUACUCUUCUAGAAUGGACUCAACUGGCUCGAAAAAAUAAAAUUCUAUAUUGGAUUGGGCAUGAGACAUUAAUUAGUUAUGUUCAACGGCAUGGCUUAUCGCCACAUGCUCUAGAUCUUGAUAUUUUAGUAAUGGUACAAGAUACAUCACAUCUUGUUAAACUUCGUACAUUAUACUUUUCAUCCGAUUAUGAACUGAAAGUUCAUCCACAAUGGCAUCUUGUUGGAAAAAGAAACGACUCGUAUUUCAACGCGGAAGGUAUCGAUUUUGUGGAACCUAUAGCACGAUUCAUCAAUCGAAAAGAUCAUGUAUACAUCAAUAUUUGGCCAAUGCUUGAUUACCAUCCGAACAAAGUGAAAAUCGGGAAUAUUACUAAAGAAAUGUUUAAUGAGUAUGAUGAAAAUGAUAAAUGGGAAUCAUCACCAAAAGAGUGGACAUUUCCAUUGAGACCCUGUAGAUUCAGUGGUGUCAACGUUUAUUGUCCAGCAGAACCAGAGAAAUUAAUUACUAAUAUUUCAUCAAUAGUAUGUAUUAAUGGAUCCUGGCAGAAAUCUGAUGAGCCUAUAUCUACAAAAACAAUCAUAACGAACGAAAAUAGUGAGAUUUCAGAGCAAACGAGUACAGCGUUGACAACCAAUCCAAUAUUGAGUGAUGAAGAACUUCUUGAAAAGGCCCUUAACAGCGUUCCAACAUGCCAAUCAAAUGAUCGUGAUCGUCAAAGAUACAUUUUACAUGGUCUUCAAGCAUGGUCUCAUCUGGCAGAAAAAUAUAAUAUUCAAUAUUGGAUCUCAUAUGGGACACUUGUUGGUUUUAUUCAACGUCGUGGAUUGUUGCCACACGAUUUAGAUACUGAUGUAAUGAUAAUGUUUAAUGAUACACGGAAGCUGGUCGAAAUUUCUAAAUUGAACUUUUCUUCUACUUAUGAAAUUAAAGUUCAACCACAAUGGGAAAUAUUCGAUGAUAGAAAUCGUUCUUAUUUUCGUAAAGAUGGUAUUCAUUUUGUUGCCCCGAAUGCAAGAUUCAUACAUCUAACAGCCAGAUAUCAUGUUGAUAUAUAUCCUGUAUAUGACUUCAGUCCAAUUUAUGCAAAUAGAUCAAUAGAAAAGCAGGAAUCAGAAAAUUUAACAGCUUACGAUAACUAUUAUAACUGGCUAUCGUAUCCAAGAAGUUGGACAUAUCCAUUAAAAACAUGUUAUUUCAGUGAGAUAAAAGUAUUGUGUCCAGCGCAACCUGAAAAAUUCAUUGAAUUGGUGUAUGGUACUAGCACUUUAACAAAAUCCCAUAAAAAAUGUGUUGAAGGCAACUGGGUAAACGCAGAUUAA